GCGCUGCCGAGCCCACAACAGCCCGAGCUCUCAGUCCUGCCCGCCAGCGACACACACAGCCAGGAGGCCGGCGACACCGCUGCGAGGAAGCAGGCGACGCACCGAGCGGGGAGCACAGCGCGCAGCCUGCGGCGAGCGCACCGGGAGCGCGCGCCAUGUUCCAGCCGGCCGAGCGCGUGCAGGAGUGGGCCAUGGAGGGGCCGCGGGACGGGCUCAAGAAGGAGCGCCUCCUGGACGACCGCCACGACAGCGGCCUGGACUCCAUGAAGGACGAGGAGUACGAGCAGAUGGUGAAGGAGCUGCGGGAGAUCCGCCUGGAGCCGCAGGAGCCGUUCAGCGGCGCCGAGCCCUGGAAGCAGCAGCUGACGGAGGACGGAGACUCGUUCCUGCACUUGGCCAUCAUCCAUGAAGAGAAGGCGCUGACCAUGGAAGUGAUCCGCCAGGUGAAGGGAGACCUGGCCUUCCUCAACUUCCAGAACAACCUGCAGCAGACUCCGCUGCACUUGGCUGUGAUCACCAACCAGCCUGAAAUUACUCAGGCACUUCUGGAAGCUGGCUGUGAUCCUGAGCUCCGGGACUUUCGAGGAAACACCCCCCUACACCUUGCCUGCGAGCAGGGCUGCCUGGCCAGCGUCGGAGUGCUGACGCAGACCUGCACCUCGCAGCACCUCCACUCCAUCCUGCAGGCCACCAACUACAACGGCCACACGUGUCUGCACUUGGCCUCUAUCCAUGGCUACCUGGGCAUCGUGGAGCUCUUGGUGUCCUUGGGCGCUGAUGUCAAUGCUCAGGAGCCCUGCAAUGGCCGGACAGCCCUCCACCUCGCGGUGGACCUUCAGAAUCCUGACCUCGUGUCGCUCUUGUUGAAGUGUGGGGCUGACGUCAACAGAGUCACCUAUCAAGGCUACUCCCCGUAUCAGCUCACCUGGGGCCGCCCGAGCACCCAGAUCCAGCAGCAGCUGGGUCAGCUGACCCUCAAAACCCUCCAGAUGCUGCCAGAGAGCGAGGAUGAGGAGAGCUACGACACAGAGUCAGAGUUCACGGAGGACGAGCUGCCGUAUGAUGACUGUGUGUUUGGAGGUCAGCGUCUGACAUUAUGAGCGGAAAGUAUCAAGGAGGACAUGGACUUGUAUAUUUGUACAAAAAGAGAGUUUUAUUUUUCUAAAAAAAAAAAGAAAAGAAAAGAAAAAAGUUCGAAGGGUAUUCUUAGGAUCACACCACACACGUCCUGGCCCCAGACGCACCUCGGCGGAUCAGCCCUCCUUUCGUAACUUUUGUGAACUUGGCAUGGGGAAACAAGGAAGAUCUUUGGAGGCAAAGCCAACCCUCUUUUUAACUUGGCCUUGGUGGGGUUUGGGGAGAGUUGCCCAAAAUUUGAUGAAAGGACCACAUUUAUUUAUUGUGCUUUAGAUUGAAUCACCAUGGAGUUAGUGGCCAAGCCUGGUUAUGUCCCUUGACGGGUAACAGCCGGGUGGGCAGUGCUGCAGGUUAGAAGUCACGACCUGUCAGGGUUUGUGUUGCCCUCCUGUAAAUAGUGUAGAUAGUGUAUUUUGUUGGUAAUUAUUUUGGUACCUCUGAGAUGUAUAUUUAUUAAACAGAUUUUUACAAACAGAA